UACGCCACUGGAGUAGUUUGGCAUUGUAUUACCAUAACUGGAAAAUCAAAGUCACCAGACAACAAUGAAAAAAUUUGCAAAGAUUUUCAGAAACCUCAGAUUUUGUUGGUAAACAAUAAACAGCUGAGAUUGAAGUAGAAAGAAGAGUUCAAAAUAAAAUUUCAAAAUUUUUCGUGAUCGCACUUCCUGUUCGCACAUAACACAAACUCGAGGAGUGGUGCUCGCCCAAACAUAUUCAUUUUAAUUUAAAAUUUAACAUGAGCGAUGAUAAAAAUGGUACAAACGAAAGAGAAGAUUCACCUUCUAGAAUUAGAACAACAAGUGAAUGUUCCUAUACAAGUGACGAUGGUGCUUCAGGAUAUACAGGAGGAAGGAGACAAAGAACAACAUCUCACCAAUUCAUGGUAGCUAGCGGGCUAACAGCGGCAUCUCCACCCAAAUUUGUUUCUUUAGAAGAAAUAAUGCAAGCUGCUAAUGGUAUGCGAGACAUGGCAUUGGUCCAUCAGAUUGUCGUUGAUAAAGAUUUUAAACUGAAAAGAGCUGAACCAGAACCUAACACUAUGCAAAAAAUAAUUAAGGACACUAUGCAUAAAGCAUUCUGGGAUGUAUUAAGGUCAGAGUUGGCAGAAGAUCCGCCAGUUUAUACACAGGCGUUUGGUCUUCUAGAAGAAAUUAAACAGGGAUUAUUCUCAGUACUAUUACCUCAACAUACUAGAAUUAAACAACAAAUUUCGGAAGUGUUGGAUACUGAUUUGAUUAAGCAGCAAGCGGAGAAUGGAACUUUGGAUUUUAAGAACUACGCCCAGUAUGUUAUAUCUGUAAUGGCAAAAUUAUGUGCUCCUGUACGAGAUGAAAAAAUUCACGAAUUGACAGAAACUGUAGAUGUUAUUGACACUUUCAAAGGUAUACUUGAGACUCUAGAUCUAAUGCAGCUUGAUAUGGCAAAUUUCACCAUACAGAUGGCUAAACCGGAUAUCAUUGCCGCCAGUGUCGAAUUAGAACGUAAAAAAUUUGCUGAUUAUCUAGCAGUCCAAUAUGAUGGAUUGGCGAACACCAGAAAUUGGCUAUUAAAAUAUGUAAAUACUGAUCAAACUGUACCAGAUAAUGUAGAAUAUGAAAAAUUUAUUAAAACUGUCGUAAAGAGAGCAUUCUGUCAAGCCUGUGUCGACCUAAUUGAUUGGCCUCAAAACGUGGAGUAUCCAGAGUCAUUCAUGUUGGAUCUAGAUAGGUUAGCUGAUUUACAAACUCGCACUUAUCGAUUAACCUGUAUCGCGAGUGUCCUCCUAGUCACUAUAAGUAAUGCAGGCGCCGAUUUGCAGUCAAUAACUGAAUUCAAACAGUCUUUAAAAGACCACAUUUGCAUUUUACUUCAAAACGUCAAAAAUGAGAAAGAUUUAAAUGAAACAUUGCCCAACGUGGCUGAACAAGUAUUGUUGGAUUUAAAAGAAGCUCAACGAAAAUAUGAACUGCCUGAUAUGUUUCAAGCCGCUGAAGCUAAUCUUAAGCAACAAAUUUUGGAUAUAGGAAAAGAUGAGCAUAAAGUCAAGGGAAUUGUUAAGCAAAGGGUGAAAGAUUUCUUUUUGGAUAUAAUCGAAUCGUCGACUGCCGCUCCUCAAAAGGUGCCCUCCGGUCUGUCAGCUCUCCAGAAAGAAUUGAUUGAAACUGCGGGACAGUUUCUCAGGAUCGUGUCACAUAAUAGCACUGUAUUUUGCAUUUAUUACUUUGAUAUUGUCGCCGCCGCAUUACCCAAACCGACAUAAGCUCUAAUUCUGUAACAAAUUCUGUGGAAUUUAAGGUUUCACGUAGUUUAUUAUCUGUAAAGGGUAUACGUGCAGACAUAUUGACGGUUGGUUUGCUUAAAGGGAAUACAAGAGUGCUGCAAAUAGACUUAUGGGACGUUUUACGGUGCAAGACUGUUUUUUAAAAAAUGACAGACUUCAAUAAUUCAUAUUUAAAUAACUCGAUGUUCGGAAUAAUUUCAGUGAUAUACGGUAAUUUGUAAUAAACUUAUACAAACUAAUAAGAAUGAAUAAAUGACUUAAUAAUAUGUAUUAUUGAAUUUAAGUUAUAUAAUUUUUGAAAUAAGUCCAG